AUGAAGAUGUUGCCAGGUCGGGAAUUGCGGCUGGUGGAGCUGGGAGCGUACGGCAGGGGCCGAGCCUCGGACACACCUCGGACACUCGUGGUUUGCCAGGCACGGCUCUUGUCCGUCUGUCCCGCUGCGGGCUGGGACCACGGGGGCCCAGAGGAAUGGCAGCCAGCCGGGGGGACUGGGGACCGGCUUUGGGGACAGCGGGGAGCAGCGGCCAGCCAUGGAGGGGCAAAGGGGAGCAGCGCCGGGCUGAGAGCCGGCCAUGGGCUGGGGCAGCGGGACCGAGCCGGGGCCGGCCGGAGGGCACAGGGACCGAGUCGGGGGCGAUCGGGGGCAGUGCCCGCUGUCCACGGGGNGCCCCCGCUGGGCUCCGAGUGCCGCAGCUACGCCGAGGGCCUGGCCCGGCUGCCCCGCAUGCGGCCGCGGGCCGGCACACAGAUCCGCUUCUCCGAGCUGCCCCGGCAGGCCUUCCCCGACGGGGCCACCCCCGAGGAGAUCACCCGGCACAGCAUGGACCUGAGCUACGCCCUGCAGCGGGUGAUGGAGCAGCGCUACCCCGGCCGGCCGCUGGGCCUGCUCGCUGAGUUGCAGUUUGCCUUCAUCUGCUUCCUGAUUGGGAACGUGUACGAUGCCUUUGAGCACUGGAAAAGACUCCUGAACAUCCUGUGCCGCUCAGAGGAGGCAAUAGGGAAGUACCAAGACCUUUACAUCAACCUCAUUUCCGUGCUGUAUCACCAGCUCAACGAAAUCCCAGCAGAUUUUUUUGUGGACAUUGUCUCCCAGGACAACUUUUUAACCAGCACCUUACAGGUGCUGUUCUCCUGCACAUGCAGCUCUGCUGUGGAUGAGACUCUGAGGAAAAAGGCUGAGAAGUUCAAGGCUCACCUGACAAAGAAAUUCAAGUGGGACUUUGAGGCAGAGCCUGAUGACUGUGCUCCUGUGGUGGUUGAGCUGCCUGAGGGUGUGCAGGUGGACUGAGUUAAAGGCCCCCUUAGGAGCAAACAGCUUCUAAAAUGACCCUUUCCUUCUCAUUUCCAACCCUGCCAGCUUCUUAAAGGCUGUUUCUAAAGCUGAUCCUCUUCCUGCUGGAGAAGCAGAUGUGGGGAACCCAGGAGGAUGCUGAGCUUUGUGAGGAGACCAGAGGUGUUGGAGGAGUUUGAGUGCUGCCACGUGGCUGCUUUGGACACCCUGGGGUUCUCCCAGCCCUUCUGCAGCAUCUCCUCCUAGAACACAAACAACAUACACAAAGUCACAGAAUCAUUAAAGGUGCAAAAGACAUUUUGAUAUCAUGGAGUUCAACCCUAAAUCUAUCACUGCCACGAUCCUCCUGCACUCGGCUGUCUUCUGCAUCCCUGCUCCCCUCUCCUCCUGGAGCUGAUGCCCUCCUUGGAGAGCACCUGUGGUUCAGGGGUGUAAUCCCACAGUGAUUUUAGCAGCCCAAACCCAGGCUGUGAACUGAAGUUUAGCUCUUCCUGGGCUCGUGUUGCACUGCUGUGUCAGGUGCUCACUGUGCUGUCAUUUACCUGUUGGGGAGAUGGCUCAAAGCCACAGCAGAAUUCCUCUCACUUCCUACACCCAAUACCUCAGAGUCUCAUUCCUGUUCCUCCCAUUCUGCUGAAUGGUUUUGUAUUUACUGCUGACACUCUUUUGCCUGGUGUAAAAGAAAGUGAACACUUUGGUGACAGGCAAUAGUUCCUGGACUGCGGUCACCCAGCUGUUAAAGAGCAGAGCCAGCAUGAGAUAAAGGAUCAGAUUUCCAGAGCUGGAUCCUCUGUUUUGUUAUAAUUGCAAAUCCUAUGUUUUUGCUCAAAAACAGUGACUGAAAAUUAACAGUUUGUAAUGGUCAGGUUCCCAUGAUGAACUGCACAUUUUGCAGCUGACAAAAGAGAAUAUAAUUGUACUUC